AUCUCACAAUGCUUGCAACGUUGCAGAAGGCAGCAGUUCUCGGGGGUCAAGCCAUUUCGCUGGCGUCGACCUCGCCUUUGCAAGCAGCAAUAAUUAGGGCACUAAGCCAAACAUCUCUACCACCUAAACCUCAGGAGCCGAGUCCGGAAGACUGUUGCCAGAGCGGCUGCAACAAUUGCGUAUGGGAGGUUUAUAUGGAGCAGCUUUCAAGUUGGAAGGCAGCUGUUGCCGCUCAGGGCAACCGUCGGAGUAAGCCGACUGAGGCUGACACCCCUGACACCACGCCUGGACAUACGGUGGGCGAGCCCGUGGGCAUGGCUGCCUUUCAUGAGCUCGAGCGGCAGCUCAAGGCGCAGCAGCCGGAGCAUAGCGGCGGAGGUACAUGAAGACGGAUGAUGAGGCUUGAGUAUACAACUGCAGUCCUGUGGCGUCGACUUCCAAGCGCCGGGCCUGCGCUGGCCUGCCCGACGGCGAGUGCGUGCGACACCUGGUCGGACGCUUUGGGCGGAGGGCGGAGGUUGCUGGGUUCUAGCCUGGACAAGCGCUACGUCGUAUGAUGUGUCUUACCUUUGCGUAUGCGUCUGUGGUACUGCAGAUGGUCCAGCGACCGUAUCCAACUGGACUGGCAUCUGUGCCGGACAAGACGGAUACCGGCCUGUGCCCUGGCCAAUAGCGCGCCGCGCACACCCGCAGGCCCGGUGGCUAAUCCAGCAGGCCCGGUGGCGCGCACACCCGCAGGCCCGGUGGCGGCAUGUGCACCAGACCGUAUUUAUGUGAUGAUGGUGAACGUAACAAGCUGCCUGAUUGGCCCCAUACCACCCGGCCACCGCCCCCCGGCCACGGCGUUCAUGCCGUAGACUGCCUUACCAGUUCACACCGUCACCAACAUGCAGCAGCUCUUCGGUGUGUGCAGUCUGCGGGAGCAAGGCCACAGCGGAUUGUGCCGCAUUAGCGUAAAUAGACAUGUUAGAAGGAAUUGCGCACUACGACCUGGUCUACUGCCAAGUGCGCUAACAGAUUACGGACUUGGAGUACUUGCGGUGCAUGCGGCGUCGAAGUGGCCUUGGGGGUUCGGCAGCAUCAUUUGCUAGUCAGUGUCGUGGGUUCUGAAAGUAGAAUUUCGUUGUAGCAAUAUGUGAUUUGCCUUGCGACUCCCUUGCUGCUGGUGAUUGCUUAGCCCUGUGGAAUGCGCGGCCGCGUCCGGCGCUGUGUCAGGCUGUCAGCCGGUGUGUCGUGUUCCUGCCUGCUCUGUACCUCUAGCAGAAGCGGUUGGUGAUGGCUGAUCGUGUCGCUGGUGGUCCGCUGUCGUCGUUGACGGCCUUGUCCAAUGGUGCGGCGAUUGUCUCCAACUUCGGGAGCCGUCUGCAGUGUUUUGCUAACCUGGGGUAUUUAUGCUCGUGGGCCUCUUGCGCUGCUGCCAAACGCUUCCGCAUUUGUACGUUUCUACACUGUGUUUGUGCGUGUCUAUGCUAGUAUCCUACGGGUGAUUCACGGGAUCUUCAUCAGUUCAUUCAUGGGGGAUUGGGGGAUUGGGGGUUGCCUGUGAGUAGAGCGCUAGCAGGCCUGCUGAGGAUGUGUCCAGCGAUGACCAGGCGAGCCUUCGGAUCCGAGGAUGGACGUUAUGUUCUCAGUUCUAUGGCAUUUCAAUCUCAAUCCUGUUCCUUUGCUGUGAGAACAAGUUGGCCUACAAGAAGGUGGCGCGUCCCCGCCGGGGUUAUUGACACGGCCAUCGUGCCAGGUACGUCCGGAGUGUGCUGUUUGAUCCUGGAAUUGACCUCUGCUGAACUGAAUUGUAAUGUUUGUAAAUUAUAAGAGGC